UUCUACAAACAAUGACAAAACCAUUUCCAUUUCCUCCAAACCUUGCUGCUAUCGUCAAGUCUACACUUAAUUUGAAGACAGAAGAAGAAGCCUGUUUACCACACAAUGCGCGUGCAUUCUUUGACGAAAUGUCUGGUAUGACGUUUGAAAGGCCAGACAAAGACGCCAAGAAGCAAUAUAAGGAUGUUGAGAAGCAAGAUAUGGUAAUUAAUUCCAAUGGUUACAAGGUCAAAAUUUCAAUUCUUCGACCUAUGGGUUCUAAAGAUCAAAUCUUGCCUGUUGUAUUAUUUGUACAUGGAGGUGGUUGGGUCACUGGGUCAUACAAUACACAUAUCAGUCUGACAAGUAUGCUAGUAAAUAUGAUUCCUGCUUGCCUUGUCUUUGUGGAAUAUAGUCUUAGUCCUGAAGUUAAGUUCCCUGUUGCUAUUGAAGAAUGCUAUGCUGCUCUUUGCUGGGUUCAAGAAAAUGCAGAAUCAAUUCAUGUAGAUCCUCACCGCCUUGCAGUAUUGGGUGACUCAGCUGGUGCUAAUAUUUCUGCAUCGUUGACGAUCUUUGCUAAACAAAAAGGAAAUAAUGGCAUUUCAUUCCAAGUAUUGGGCUAUCCAGUUUUGGAUACCGAUUUUGAGACAGAGUCUUAUCAACAAAACCACGACGAUAUGAUUCUACCUCGCUCCAACGUAAAGUAUUUCUUCGAUGCUUAUCUCAACAACUUGGAUGAAUACAAGUCACCUCUGGCUACACCUCUUAACAGCCCUCUUGAGCUGCUCCAGGGUUUGCCUCCUGCAUUGAUUCUUACUGCUGAACUCGACGUAUUGAGAACGGAAGGUGAAAUGUACGCCAAAAAGCUAAAAGAAGCAGGUGUCGAUGCUGUCUGUGUUCGUUAUUUAGGCAACCAUCAUGGAUUUCUUUCUCCUGCUACAUUUGAUAGUUCUGGACUUGCAGCUCUUGGACAGAUCGCUAGUACAUUGAAUAGACAUUGGAAUGAGAAUUGAUGUAGAUGUAAUAAAUAAAGGUUUUAUUUUUAGAAGG